AUGAGAUUCAUCCCUACUCUGCGUCACGUGGAGGACGACCUCAAGGUCGAAAACACGUCCGACCAGACCGAACUGCAGCUGGAAUACAGAGACGAAACCAACCGCCCGUGGUGGAAGUUCUUUGACGAGUACGAGUACCGCCAGAACAAAUACGACCGGGCGUCCCACAAGUGGUUCAAGUGGUUUGACGAGCGAGACACGGCCUCGGACAAGAAGCUCAUCUGCAAGCUCGACGUGCUGCUCACCUUUUAUGCCCUCGUCGUCUACUGGGUCAAGUACCUGGACCAGACCAACGUCAACAAUGCGUACGUCAGUGGCAUGAGAGAAGACCUGGGGUUUGAAGGUAACGAUCUGGUCCAGGUCCAAGCCAUGUACAUUGUUGGAGCGGUAAUCUUCCAGUUGCCGUUCAUGUACAUUCUCCCCAAGGUGCCCCUUCACAUUGUGCUUCCAGUCAUGGAUCUCUGCUGGGGUCUCAUGACUCUGUUCUGCUGCAAGAUCCACUCGGUUGCAGCUCUCAAGGUGCUGCGGUUCUUUGUGGGUGUUUUCGAGUCUGGAUUCGUGCCCACGGCAUACUUCCUUAUGGGCUCAUGGUACAAGCCCUCUGAGUUUGCUAGACGAGCUGGUUUCUUUUACAUGGGCCAGUUUCUUGGUCUGCUCAGUUCCGGUCUCCUGGCUAGUGCUGCUCUGGAUCUCCAUGGACUUGGUGGAUUUGAGGGAUGGAGAUGGGUGUUUAUUAUCGACGCCAUUGCCACACUGCCCCUGGCUGUCAUUGGCUACUUUAUGAUCCCGGGCACCCCAGACAAGUGCGUGUCUCUGUUUCUGUCUGACGACGAGAUCCGAAGAUGCAGAGAACGUAUGCGACCAUAUGUGACGGAGAAGAAGGCCAAGCCCAGCAAGAAACUCACCGACUGGACACUCUGGAAACCGCUGCUUACCUCCUGGCAGCUACCCACUAUGAUUCUCAUCACAUCCGUUUUCUACAACAACAACAGCGGCAACUCGGGGUCUUUCCUUCUGUGGCUCAAGAGUUUGACAGACAGUGACGGGAACCAACGCUAUACUAACCAGAAAAUCAACCAGUUGUCUUCCGUGGCUCCGGGUCUCGGUUUCGUCUAUGUUUACUCCGCUUCCGUCUUUGCAGACAUGUUCAAGUGCCGAUGGGGGGCUAUAGUCAUAACCCAGGUGUUCAACUUCAUAGGGUGUGUGAUUCUCGCCAUCUGGGAUGUCACGGAGUCCGCCAAAUGGUUCGCCUUUUGUCUCCAGUACAUGUCCUGGUCCAUGAGUCCAGUUUUAUUCGGCUGGGUCAGUGACAUUAUGAGACACGAUCCUCAGGAGUAUGCCAUUGUGGUCAUUUGCAUGAACAUGAUUGGUCAGUCUUCUUCGGCCUGGGUCUCAGUGUUGGUGUUUCCCACAGUCGAGUCUCCUCGGUUCACCAAGGGUUUCGGGACCUGUGCUGCUUGUGCUGCCUGCUGCGCAAUCGGAGCUAUGGUCAUUCUGUACUUUUACAAGAGAGACGAGAAACGAAUUUGCUACAAGAAUGGCAUUGUUUUGGAGGGCCAGAUUAUGGAAGUGUUGGAUGCUGAUAAGAUUGAGAGCGAGGCCACUAGUCAGGCUGACAAGGUGUUGGAGAAGGUGUCUGAUGCCGAGAUGUCGGAUGGGAAGGCAAGUUAA